ACACUAUCAAAAUAUUUUCAUGUUAUAUUUUGUAUUGAAUACAUACGACUACACGACUGUUCUUUGCGAAACUUAGUGUUAAACCGGUUUAUUUCCGAAAUAAAUUAAUUAUAAUGCAUCACGUAGAAUCGGACAGUGAAGAUGAAUUACCUUCGGGAUGGGAACAGAAAUCGACUGAAGAUGGAAAUGUUUAUUUUAUAAAUACUUUGAACAAUAAGACGCAAUGGACACAUCCAAGGACAGGGCGAAAGAAAGAAAUACCUAAGGAGCUUCCUUAUGGCUGGACGAAAACAUUUGAUGAAGAGGAUAGAGCAGUCUAUGUGCAAAAAGAAACUGGUACUAAAACGUACGUGGACCCCCGGCUAGCUUUUGCCACAGACGCAAAAGAACACGUUCAUGAUUUUCGUCAAAGGUUCGAUGCUUCAUCUACAGCUUACCAGAUACUACAUGGAGUAGACUUAUCAGGCAAGUAUGCGCUGAUAACUGGUUCCAAUGCAGGCAUUGGGUUCGAAACUGCCAAGUCUCUGGCAAGACAUGGCUGCAGUGUCAUAUUUGCUAACAGGAAUAUGGAGUCAACAAAGGAAGCUAUACAAAAAAUACUGCAAGAUACUAAAGCAUCGGAAGAAGACUUGAAAGCUGUGCAUUUAGAUUUAUGCUCCUUUGAAAGUGUUAGGAAAUGUGCAGCAGCCAUCAAAUCAAUGAUUUCAGAUCGUCUGGAUAUGUUAAUUCUAAAUGCUGGUAUUUUUGGAGUGCCAUACACAGAAACAGUGGAUAAAAUUGAGAUGACCUGCCAAGUCAACCACUUAAGUCAUCUGUACUUGGCCAUAUUGUUGGAACCUCUACUGAAGAAGGGAUCUCGAGUUGUAUUUGUCUCUUCAGAGUCUCACAGGUUUGCGAGUCUUAAGAAUGUCUUCAACCUGCAAAAUCUUGCAUUUCCCAGAGAAUCCUACAGUUCCAUGAUGGCCUAUAACAACUCGAAAUUGUAUAAUGUUAUAAGUGCAAAGAUAUUGAGUGAAGAGUGGAAGAGUAAAGAUAUCCUUGUGAACUCACUUCACCCAGGUAACAUGGUGUUCACAAAUUUAAGCAAGUCAUGGUGGCUGUUCAGAUUGGCAUUUGCACUAGUCAGACCUUUCACUAAAUCUUUGCAACAAGCAGCUGCAACAACAGUGUACGCCGCAACAGCCCCAGAGUUACGAGGUGUAACCGGCCUAUACUUCAACAACUGUUUUUACUGUGAAGAGUCAGCAAUGGCACGCGACAAGAACAUUGCUCAAGAAGUAUUCGCUCUGUCGCUCAAAAUGAUAGCAGAUCGCGUUGGCACUGAGGAUCUGAAAAAAUACAUGGACAAAUUCAAUACUACACAAUCUGUUAAGAAAGAGGAAAAUACAAAUGAAGAAAAACAAUCUGACAAAAAGGAAUAAAUUAAAAAUCUAUAAAUAUUGUAAAGCUGAAGAGUUUGUUUGUUUGUUUGUUUAAUCGCGUUAAUCUUCGGAACUACUGGUUCGAUUUCAAUAAUUCUUUUUGUGGUGGGUAGUGCAUUUAUCGAGGAAGCCAUAAGAGGAGCCAAGCAGAGCGGGUAAAACCGUGCGGAAGUAGCUAGUAAAUAAUAUUUUGGUAUAAUUAUGGGAUCUUAAAAUAAUCAUCAGUAUUUUGAUAUAAUUGUAAUAUUAUAAAAAUGUCAACAGUAACUAUGUAUUGUAAAUGUUUACUGUAGUGUACCUUAUUGUAUUUUUCAUGUACAGAAAUCAGUUAUUGGCACUAUGAACAGUAUUUAAUGUUAAUUUAUUUGCAAUGUGCAUUAUUGUUUUGGAUAAGGGGUAAAUGGGGAAUUUCGGUGAUGACCAGUGUCUGUUAGUAAAAUGUUUGACAUUGUAUUUUUAUAUUAACAUUCCAGUAUAUUUGUUGCUGGGUGUAGCUCGUAAGAUGUACCUGAAAAAAUAAAUUCGAUGAAAAGGUAGAUUUUAAAAUAUUAUUUCUUUUGUCAACACAAAAUGUGUAAUACUAAGUGUUGUUGAAGUUACUAACUUCAUGUUAUAUGAUAAUUUGUAAUAGCUAUAUCAUGACUUUAAAACUAUUUCUGGUGUUUAACAAUAGAAUUACAGCUGUUUUAUUUAUAACUGUAGUGCGUAUAUAAGUUGUAUACAAAUCUUUUACUUACUAUAAGUUAAUUGUUUAAUCAUAAAACAUUUAUGUAUUUAUUCAACUUUUACAAUCUUGAUGUGUGUAUCAUUGUUGAAUAGAGAUAUAUAUAGAAUAGAGAUAGACAAAAUAAUAUUAAAUUCCGAUUAUGAAAUCGCAUAACUAAAACUUGUAUAAAAUUAUCUUGGCAACCCGAAAACCAUUUUAUUAUUAUUGAUAAAAACUAUUUUUUAUUCCCAAUAAAUAUGAAGAACAAAUAUAAA